UUUUUUCUAUGUCUCCACGUGCUAUGCUAUCCUCGGUGUUGUUCGACGGUGCAUCGUGAUUUACUGUAUAUAUACCUAAAUAUAUAUAAAGACCAUAUCUGUAUAUAAUAGGUUCGAAGAUGAGAAUAUGACCAAGGCGACCUUGAAUAGCGCACUUGUGCCGCCCUCGCUUUAGUCUUCCCCGUAGAUGCGACACGAUGCAUCUGAAGCUGUGUGUGUUGGUCAGCGCUUUUGCGUGUGCGGCCUCUUUAGCCUCCGCUAUUGAUAUUUCUGUAAAGUCAACAGGCGGUAAUACGACAAACGGUCAUCAAUAUGGCUUUUUACACGAAGACAUCAACAACUCAGGCGAUGGCGGUCUCUACGCCGAACUGAUCCGCAAUAGGGCCUUCCAGAUCAGCGAGGGGUUUCCCGCCUCACUAGACGGCUGGCACCCAGUCAACGGUGCGAAGCUAUCGUUGAAGAACCUCAGCGAGCCGCUGUCUGACGUCCUGAUAACUUCCCUAAACAUUGCGGCUCCUACGGGGAACGGCCAAGUAGGGUUCCAGAAUGACGGAUACUGGGGUAUGGACGUUAAGGCACGCAGAAGAUACACCGGUUCGUUCUGGGUUAAGGGCACAUAUUCCGGCCAGUUUACUGCCUCGCUGCAGUCGAAUACCACGGGCCAGACCUUUGUAUCCGUUAACGUCACGUCUCAAUCUACAUCUGAUAAGUGGACUGAGCAUAUCUUCGAGUUGACUCCUUCUCAAGACGCCCCGAAUUCCCAUAAUACAUUUGCCAUCACGUUCGAUGCAUCGGGCGCAGAGACAGGGUCGCUUGAUUUCAACCUCAUUAGCCUCUUUCCCCCGACAUUCAAAGGACGGAAAAAUGGGAUGCGUGUAGAUAUUGCCGAAGCUUUGGAACAGCUUCACCCUACGCUUUUCCGCAUCCCUGGUGGCAACAUGCUCGAAGGCUUGACAAACAGGACGUGGUGGGACUGGAAGAACACCCUUGGCCCCUUAAAGAACCGACCUGGCUUCACAGGAGUAUGGGGAUACCAGCAGACCAACGGCUUGGGAUUGCUAGAGUACUUAGAGUUUGCAGAAGACUUGGGAAUGGAUAUUGUCUUAGGGGUCUACGACGGCCUCUCUCUAAACGGAGACAUCGCACCCAAGGAUCAACUGCAGUUCUUCAUCGACGACGCCCUCGACCAAAUUGAAUUCAUCCGCGGACCAGCAACUUCAAAAUGGGGUUCCGUCCGCGCCUCGCUAGGUCACCCCGAGCCCUGGAAGCUGCAAUACGUGGAAGUCGGCAACGAAGACUGGCUCGCUGGCGCGCCCAAGGGAUGGGACACGUUCAGGGGGUACCGGUUCCCGCUUUUCCUCGAGGCAAUCAACAAGGCGUACCCGGAUAUCCAGGUCAUUUCCUCGGGGUCGGUUUACGAUGGCUACGACAUCCCGGCACCUGGAGCCGGCGACUAUCACGUGUAUGCCGAGCCCGACACUCUUGUUGCUGAGUUUUCUAAGUUCGAUAAUGUGAAACAACCGCAUAUUAUUGGGGAGAUGGCUGCAAUUCAUCCGAACGGUGGUUCUGGCUGGAAUGGACCGCAACGUCCGUUUCCCUGGUGGGGAGGUGCUGUUGGAGAAGCCGUAUCACUCAUCGGCUACGAGCGCAAUGCAGAUAGAAUCAUUGGAGCCGCCUAUGCGCCGGUAAUUCGCAAUAUGAACCGUUGGCAAUGGGAAAUCACGGUGAUUCAGUUCACUGCCGACCAGGUUACUCGCUCUACGUCUUGGUACGUCUGGGAGCUUAUGGCGGCCCACCCCUUAACAGAGACAUUACCAGCGAGUUCGCAGUUUAAUCCGCUAUAUUACGUAGCUGGUAAAAACGACAAAACAGGGGGUCAUAUUUUCAAAGCAGCAGUUUACAACUCAACGAACGGCGCCGAUGUCCCCGUCAAACUAUCCUUUGAAGGCAUUUCGCAGGGAACGAGCGCGGAGUUAACUAUCCUGACAGGACCGGAAGAUCCAUAUGGUAGCAACGACCCUUCCACUGGUAUCAAUGUUGUGAAGACUAGUAAGGAGACUAUACGGUCCGAUAAGACUGGAAGCUUCCAGUUUUCGUUACCAAACUUGAGUAUUGCUGUCUUGGAUACAAGCCCACCAAAGUCUCGUCGCUGGAAUAGGGCAUAGAACAUUAGGUAGAUAAAUAAUACUUACCUCUGAUAUCAAAUCAAAUGCAAUUAUGCUG